AUUAAAAUAUUCAUCCAUGACUCAAACGUACACAAACAUUAAGCGUAAACAGCUUAAUAGCGACUUUGGAUUUCGUAUUGUUUACUGCGAAUCUGCGACCAAAGUGAUAGUGGGAAUUAUUAUGUAUACAUUAUGUUCGAUGUUCCGCCGCUCCAUCCCUUUAAUGGGAAAAGAAGGGCCUGUACAGUUGCUUUUAUCGAAAAUUGUGCUUUCACCAUCAUUUACUCUUGGUAAAAAUGAUUUCCCCAAAAAUGUAAACUUGGACCAACCAGAUAUGGAAUUGGGUAAUUCCAAAGAAUCCUUUGGCUUGAUUGCAAAAGCACAAGAUUUCCGAGUGUUUAAACAUCGGCACGGAAACAUUGCUUUGGAAGUUAUUGAAGAUGAACAUAUACCUGUCACGAACAAAUGGAAGAACACUCCACGAUGGUACUUUUAUCAAUGUAAACAGCUGGCAAGUCAGGGAAAGGUUGAUGAGUGUCUUUCCAUUCUUGAAACAACAAUGCUAAAAAUAGAUAAAGUUCCACCUCAGGAAUACAACUUUUCUGUUGUUAUUGGUUUACUUGGUCGCCAUGGUAGAGUAAAAAAAGCUUUUGAAUUGUACAGCAAGUUAAAGUCAUAUGGUCUCACUGCAUCAAUGGCUUGUCUAACAAGUCUAUUCAAUGCUGUUUCAAAUUCACAUGACUCUGCUGACAUGUUUUAUUUAAAAAAAUUGCAUUUAAAAUUGAAGGAAUCUGACGUCCGCUUAAACAGGAUAACAUGCAAUGCUUUAUUGAUGGCCUAUGCACGACAUACCACUUUUAAGGAAACAACUGAAAUAUUUCAAAACUGCAUAAGAAAUGGUGUUAAACCAGAUGCACUUACAUUUAGUGCACUUAUGACCAGCUGCCUAAAGCACAAAGAAGAAGGAUUUUACCUUGCAUUGCAGGUAUGGAGAAGCAUGUUGUCCAUAGAAAUAACCCCAACAGGACAAAACAUUACAACCAUGCUUAAUGUUGCACAGCACUGUGGGAUUGGUGAUGCAAAUAUGGCAUCAAAGUUUUUACUUGGAAACCUGCCUAAUUCAACACAGAAGAAAGUUGGUCCGUUUGAAACAUUACAACAACAGAAGUAUUCUUGUGAGAAAUUUAAUUUACCAAAUAAAGGAUUAAAAGCAUUUACUGCUGAAUAUGAAGAUUCUGAUAAAAACUUACCAGUACGAUUGAAACCUGUAAUACCAAAUCUACUUGAUACUGAACAGUGUAAUUUAGAAACAGUUACUUCUCUAACCAAGUGCACGGAACCUUAUAAGAGAUUAGAUUUAAUGGGAGGAUAUGAAGGAAUAAUUAAUGUAUUGAAACAACACAAAAUAUCCCUGUCUAUUCAGGUGCUUACACUCUUGGUAAAGUUGGUCAAGCCAUCAUACCCAGAGGAAGAAAAAGUUUUGCAAAUUGCUGAAGAUAGUUCUGUGAAAUUGGAUGUUGAUUUUUACAAUACAUUGAUACACAAGCAAGCUGCUAGGGGGGAUCAUCAACUUGCUGUAAAAACUUUUAACCGAAUAAAGGAACAGAAGUUACAGCCAAAUUACCGGAGUUAUUGUGUGCAUGCGAUUUCGUGCAACACUUUUAAACUUGGGUCAACACUUUUUCAAGAUAUGGAAAAAACUGAUAUGAAAAUCACCAGUGUACUUUUGCAUACACUGAUUGCUGCUUGUAUCCGUCGCAAGGUUCAUAUGAUAUCUGGUUAUAAAGGUUUACGUUAUCCCGACUUUUAUUACUUGACUUACCUCGUCAAACAAUUAACAACUCACGACAUAAAUGCGAGCGCUACAUUUAUUUCUCUGUUGGAAAAAGUAACAUUUUAUCCAGAAGAAUAUAACCGAUGGAAACAUCAAGAUGAAGUUUAUGAAAAACGAUUAAACAUUUAUCGUAAAGCUUACAACCAGUGGCUACGAAAUGCUGAUGUUCAAUCAAUAGAUGCGUUAUAAUAAAAUAAUGUUAAACUACAUUAAUUUUAUACUUUAAUUUGAUUUGUCUGUUUUAG